ACGCUGCGUUGCGGGAAGCGAAGCUCUGAUUCUCUCAUUCUCAGUGAGAGUGACGCGAAGGUUGAAGAAGAGGGUAAAUAAGUGGAAGAAGAGAGAAGCUGGGAAAACAAAAUAAAACAAUGGAGGAGACGAUUCCGUUUAAGAGCUUACAUAGCCGAGAAUAUCAAGGUCACAAGAAGAAGGUACAUUCAGUAGCUUGGAAUUCUAACGGAACAAAGCUUGCUUCGGGUUCUGUUGAUCAAACGGCUCGUAUUUGGAACAUCGAACCUCACGGUCAUAGUAAAGCUAAGGACCUUGAAUUGAAGGGGCAUACUGAUAGUGUGGAUCAGCUAUGUUGGGAUCCCAAACAUUCAGAUCUUGUUGCUACUGCCUCUGGGGAUAAAAGUGUUCGUCUCUGGGAUGCUCGCAGUGGGAAAUGCACACAGCAGGCAGAACUUAGUGGAGAGAAUAUAAAUAUUACCUACAAACCUGAUGGGACACAUGUUGCUGUUGGUAAUAGGGAUGAUGAGCUUACCAUUCUGGAUGUCCGUAAGUUUAAACCUCUACACAGGCGAAAAUUCAAUUAUGAGGUAAAUGAGAUUGCUUGGAACAUGCCAGGAGAUUUUUUCUUCUUGACUACUGGACUUGGCACUGUUGAAGUUCUUUCAUAUCCAUCUCUUAAACCACUUGACACUCUCACAGCCCACACAGCCGGGUGUUAUUGCAUUGCAAUUGAUCCUAAGGGAAGAUAUUUUGCUGUCGGGAGUGCGGAUUCUUUAGUCAGCCUUUGGGAUAUCUCAGAUAUGCUUUGUUUAAGAACAUUUACCAAACUUGAGUGGCCUGUCAGGACAAUAAGCUUCAACUAUUCGGGAGAGUAUAUUGCUUCAGCCAGUGAAGAUUUAUUCAUAGAUAUUGCUAAUGUCCAAACCGGGCGGACGGUGCAUCAGAUUCCAUGUCGUGCUGCAAUGAAUAGCGUUGAGUGGAAUCCCAAAUACAAUUUACUAGCAUACGCAGGUGAUGACAAGAAUCCCAAGUAUAAUACUGAUGAAGGUGUUUUCCGGAUAUUUGGUUUUGACAGCACAUAGGAACAGACAGAAUUGCAUCUUGAACCCUUGUUGUAUCGGAAAAAUGUUUUUGUGCUUUGUGUACUAUACUACUAAUGUCUUGACAGUAUCAAAUAAUUACACGAAGAGUUUGCAGUUGUGAUUUUCUAUAACACUGGCAUUUUAUUCACUGCAAAAAUGGGCAAUUUAUACAAGAUGUCUUCUUUAUUAUAAACGAUGAAUUGAACUUAAUAAUCGAGAUCAGAAUUCUGAUUCCGAGUUACAUCUAUUCUCUAUGUGUAAGCGCUAAAAGUUACAGAUUGUUCUUGGGCCCGGGAAUAUUCUCAAGUCUGGAAGAUUUGACAGCAACUCUCUCAAAGCCUGAUGAUACAGAGGCCAGUGAUAAGCUUUUGCUAAGAUCGGACCAAAAGCUUCAUCCCCACGAUGGAGGUUGAAGAAGGAAUGCAGAAUCC